AUCCUGAGCUGAGCCGUAUGUUGACUUGAAUGGUGUUAAGCUGAAAAAUGCACGGGUUUUCUCUAUGCAAUCAUUGUCUUCAACCGCGCAUAAAGAGCUACUGGUUCGCUGAAUGUUAGCAGCUUCUCCAGAAGAUUGCAGGAAACGUUCAAAAUCUUUAGGGGAUGUCAAGCUGUCCGCGUCCAGAACUGACUGAUCCGGCUGCUAAGACAUGCUUCAAGUUUGACCUUGCAGCACAGGAGAGGUUUUCACCAUGAAGGUUCCCAGCACCAGAUGGGCGUUCUUACUGGGUUUCCUGGUGGGGAUGUGCUGCAUGUACUUCUCCUUGCAGCAGGUGUGGUUUGAACAAAAUUACCAUGUACAUUCAGAAGCUCAGGAAACGGCCACAGUAGCAGGAGAGAGACCGACCAGCUGGAGGAAGGAAGGAGGUGCACUCAUCAACCUGCUGCUUCCUCACCAUCCAGAUGAAGACAGCCAGGUAGCAGAUAUGCUGUCCCAGAGGGUUCGUAUUCUCUGUUGGGUGAUGACGGGGCCAUAUAACCUCCAGAGCAGGGCCCGUCAUGUCCGAGCCACUUGGAGUCGACACUGUGAUGUUGUGUUGUUUAUGAGCUCCGUGGAAGACCCCUCCUUUCCCACUGUGGGGCUGGGCACUAAAGAGGGCCGCGAUCAACUCUACUGGAAAACCAUUCAGGCCUUUCACUACGUCUACGAGCACCACAUGAACCAAGCUGACUGGUUCCUUAAAGCUGACGAUGACACCUUUGUGGUGGUUGAUAACCUACGUUGGCUUCUGUCCAACCACACCCCUGAAGAGCCCAUCUAUUUUGGUAAACGCUUUAAGCCGUACACCAAACAGGGUUACAUGAGUGGAGGUGCAGGUUAUGUGCUCAGUAAGGAGGCCCUCAGACGGUUUGUCAAAGGUUUCCGAACCAAGGCUUGCACACACACGACUCCUGUCGAAGACCUGGCGCUGGGGCAGUGUUUGGAGAAGAUGGGUGUUCUGGCUGGGGACUCCAGAGACACGUUGCACAGAGAAACUUUUCACCCGUUUGUGCCAGAGCACCUUCUCACCACAAAGUUCCCUAAGAGCUUCUGGUACUGGAGUUAUUGUUUUUACCCAAUUGUUGAGGGGCCACAGUGCUGCUCAGACCUCACCGUGUCAUUCCAUUAUGUGGAGGCAGAGCUGAUGUACAUUCUGGAGUAUUACACCUACCAUCUGAGAGCUUAUGGCUACGUACCGCGUUAUCUGCCUUCUGCUCGCCGCAGACAGAGGCUGGCCCCGCCGUUGAAAGCAGCCAAAAUUUUGAACUUAAAACUGGCUAAAGGGGUGAAGGACAAAGCCAAUCACACAGCAUCUGCUCUCGUCAGGGAAAACCAAGCGGCAGAAGAGAAGCGUGCAGAGAGGGGCACAGAAGAUAAUGCCAGUUUUAAUUUACCUAUAAAUAGGACUGCAAGCAGACAAGGCAGCCAUCAUUGAUUCCCUGCAGUUCUUCAGGCUGCUAAGUGAGCUUUAACUGCAGCGACUUCCAUAUCAUGACAGGGUGAUCAAAGAAGGAAACGUUUGCCUCUCAGAGGGUUGCUGCCUGUGUAUCAUACUGGCUGAAGUCCUCAAGCGAUGCCUCUUGGAUAUGAGAAUAUGUCAGUGUUUCACAGACAGUGCUCCCAGUGGGAGUUGAGACAAAUUAAUUAUGGCUCAGUGGCAGCUGUGUGUAGCCUGUUUUUAUUUAUUUUUUUCUUCUUCACCUAGCGUACCU